CCAUCUUCUAUUCUUCUCUGUUUCAGAUUUCACUAUGGGCUAUUGGUAAUUUGAUCUCUCUAGUCUCUUUUUGUUCCUCUGCUUUACACCUUUAUCUUCUUUUUCAAAACCCUUCUGUUGUAACCUUGAAAAGUUGCAACUGAGGAGAUCAAACUUCAACUUGACUACCUAUGUUUACAUUGCUUUUUCAAUUUUUCUUUGAAUCCUCCCUUUUCAUUUUCCUUUAUUACCUGCUUUGAAUCACUAUUUCAUAUUGAAUUUGUUAGUUUUGAAACCCUAACCGUAUAUGUUGUUCCACAAGGCUAAAUCGUUUUCUUUCAAGUUGGAAAAAACUCGAAGAAUUUCAUUAUCUAUUGAAACAACAGUUAUGAAAGAUUGAUCUCUCCUUUUUCUAUUCUUUCCUCUUCUUUGUUUCUUUUGUUUGCACAUGCAAACAUUGUUCAUGUUGGAGUGAGGCUGUUGAACUCCUCUGCUAAUCAGGCUCAGAAUAUCCUUAUGUAUCUGGCAAGAAAUACAGAAGACUACCCUUGUGAUUUUGGUUUUGAUCCGAGUCUGAAAAAUUCAUAGGCCGAGAGGACAAGUUAAGAGAAAGCUAGAGAUGGGAUGUUCUACAUCUAAGCUAGAUGAUGAAGAAGCAGUUCAACUUUGUAAAGAUCGAAAGAGAUUUAUUAAACAGGCUCUCGAACAAAGAGCACGAUUUGCAUCUGGACACUUGGCCUAUAUCCAGUCCCUGAAAAGAGUUUCGGCUGCUCUUCGUGACUAUAUUGAAGUGGAUGAGCCUCAUGUGUUCUCAUUAGAGUCCUUCAUAACCCCACCAUUCACUCCAAUAAAGAAAACAAGUCCUGGUUUUAUCUGUGACAGUACACCUAAGAUCAGGAGGAUUUCAUCAAAAUCCUUCUCACCUGCACAAACCCAAUCCGAACCCCAUUCAUCUGUGAAGAUACAUUACCUAAGAUCAGGAGGAAAUCCGGCAGUGUCAGUGGAAGAGAGACCACCUCAAUCAUCGGAGACAGUCAGUGGAAGUCCUGGUUUUAUCUGUGACAGUACACCUAAGAUCAGGAGGAUUUCAUCAAAAUCCUUCUCACCUGCACAAACCCAAUCCGAACCCCAUUCAUCUGUGAAGGUACAUUACCUAAGAUCAGGAGGAAAUCCGGCAGUGUCAGUGGAAGAGAGACCACCUCAAUCAUCGGAGACAGUCAGUGGAAGUCCUGGUUUUAUCUGUGACAGUACACCUAAGAUCAGGAGGAUUUCAUCAAAAUCCUUCUCACCUGCACAAACCCAAUCCGAACCCCAUUCAUCUGUGAAGGUACAUUGCCUAAGAUCAGGAGGAAAUCCGGCAGUGUCAGUGGAAGAGAGACCCCCUCAAUCACCAGAGACGGUCAGAGUAGAAACUUACUCUCCAGUACACCAGUUUGGAAUGGAUGGUUUCUUUGCAAUGCAAUCUUCUCCAAUGAAUUCUUCUUCAUUCUUCUCCUAUUCCCCUAACAACAGGCCCAAUAUCCCUCCACCUUCACCUCAAAACUCUCAAUGGGAUUUUUUCUGGAACCCAUUUUCAUCAUUAGAUUACUAUGGUUAUCCCACUCCAUCUAGUAUUGAUCAGACAGUCAUGGAUGAUGAGAAUAGAGGACUAAGGCAGGUCAGAGAAGAAGAAGGGAUCCCUGACUUGGAAGAAAUUGAAACUGAGCAAGAGGAUUGCUAUGAUGAGGCAAAUGUAAGACAAGAAAGGGAUAAAAUGGAUCUAAACUACAACAGAGAAGAAGUUAUUGUUGAAGACGUUGAUGAUGAGGAGGAUGAGGAUGAGGAGACGGUCAGCGGAAACGAAACUGAGCAUGAAGCAGAAAUACCCUCCCAUGAUCAUGUUACUAUAGAGGUGCGAGCUCAGACUGCAAGACAAGUUGAAACUAGUAAUCAAGGAACGGCAGUUGUUGAUCGAGAGGCCAAGGAAGAAACACCAGGAUUUACUGUUUAUGUAAACCGAAGGCCAACGAGUAUGGCAGAAGUUAUCAAGGAUUUAGAAGAUCAGUUUGUGAUCGUUUGCAAUGCAGCCAAUCAGGUCUCGGCGUUGUUAGAGGCCAACAGAGAGCAGUACUCAUCAACCUCCAAUGAACUCUCAGCAGCCAUGAAAAUGCUGAACCCAGUAGCUUUAUUUCGCUCAGCAUCCUCGUCUCGCUCAGCCUCAUCCAGAUUUUUAGUGACUUCUUCCUGCUCCAAAGAUGAAGGUUAUGAAAGCAGCAGUGACUUCUCAGAGGAGCCCUGCAUGUUUUCAGGUAGUCACCAAUCAACAUUGGACAGAUUGUAUGCUUGGGAGAAGAAACUCUAUGAGGAAGUCAAGUCUGGAGAAAAGGUUCGGAUGACAUAUGACAAGAAAUUAAAGCAACUCCGGAACCAAGAUGUAAAAGGCGAUGACCAAUCUGCUCUAGAAAAAACAAGGGUAUCCAUUAGAGAUCUGCAUACGCAGAUGAAGGUUUCGAUACACUCAGUUGAAGCUAUUUCAAAGAGAAUUGAAUCCUUAAGGGAUGAAGAACUGCAGCCUCAACUUUCAGAAUUGGUGCAAGGGUUGGCAAGGAUGUGGAAAGUAAUGGCAGAGUGUCAUCAGACACAGAAACGAAGCCUCGAUGAAGCCAAGCUUUUACUAGCAGGCACACCUUCAAAACUGGAAGCUAAAAGGCUUUCUUCUUCCAGUUCAGUCACUGAUCCAAACCGGCUAGCACGUUCUGCAGCCAAUCUUGAGACCGAACUGAGGAAUUGGAGAGCCUAUUUUGAGUCAUGGAUCACUUCUCAGCGAUCCUACGUACGCGCAUUAACAGGAUGGCUUCUCCGUUGCAUGAGGGCUGAUCCAGAUACAUCAAAGUUGCCAUUCUCUCCUCGUCGCUCUAACGGUGCUCCUCCAAUAUUUGGAAUAUGCAUCCAAUGGUCAAGGUUUCUAGAUGCCAUACGUGAGACCCCAGUGCUAGAUGGACUAGAUUUUUUCGCAGCUGGUAUGGGAUCUCUCUAUGCACAGCAGGUUAAAGAGGAUUUACGUAGAGCUCGGAUAGGUUCAAAGAGGUUCGAGUCAACUGAGGAAUUCAGUGGGAAUAUGGAACUGGUGGAAGUUGGUCAAGUUGAACAAGUAAUGACUGCAGAUAAAAUGGCUGAAGUUGCCAUAAGGGUACUUUGUGCUGGAAUGUCAGUUACUAUGAGCUCACUGACAGAGUUUUCUAUUGCUUCUGCUGAGGGGUAUGCUGAUCUUGUGAAUCAAUGGGACGAUGCCAAGACUAGAGCUUGAAUGUGACUCUAGAUUUUUAUGGGGUAGUUUAGGAGUGGGUGUCAAAUGUAAUUACGAGUUAAGCUAUUUAUAAAUUAUUAGAGUAGAGUUGUUGCCACCCUAAUCCUUAUGUUUAUUUCCCAAGCAGGUAGAAACAGAAUACGCUGGUUGUUAAGAAUGUAAUCUUACAUAACGAAGGGUUAAAUACUCGAAUCUAUAAUCGAUAGCCACCAAUGAACUCCAAA